GUCUGUAUUCGAUGCUGCGGGACUGCGGUAGUAGGCCCCGCAUAUCUCUCUCCGCACGUGCCACCGACUUGGUCUUCCCCUUUGUUCCACGGCCUCUAUCGUCUAUCCACAGAAAGUCCCCGGUCCCGUUACUCCCUGCAUAGCAUUAUACAAGCGUUUACCUACCGUCCGAGUCCAAGCCUAUUACCGGGAACCCUGUAUAUCCUCCACUAUUGCCCUUUGUCGCUCCGUGGCCUCAGUCCGCACGCGUGCCGACGCCGCGUGAGAAAUAUUUUCAUUGUUCCCCAAACUCGCCCGUCAUGAUCCCUCCCCGCUCUCAUCCCUCACGCCACGGAACCAAGGCCAAUGUCGCGGCUGCCAUGCUUGUGCUCGUGCUGUAUGCACACACAUGUCAUGCCGCCACGCUGCUCCUCCUUGACGAGCCGCUGGACCCCGCAGUCGAUGUCCGCGCCAUGGAGACCAGUUCUGGAAAUUCCAUCGAAAUUCCCGGCACCAUCUCUAUGCGCGACCAUGUCAUUGCUCUCCGUCUCCCUCUGGGAUCUCUCUCGCUCCCCACCAAUGGCAGUGUGUUUAUGGUUCCGACAGAUACCAAGAUCACGCUCGCCCGCCUCAAGAAAGCCGAUGCCGCCUCGUCGGCGGUCUGGCAUCUGCAGGCGUACCAAUACGACGAUCCGGCGGUCGGCACCGCCCUUUCCUCGCCCCCUGGUCUGAUUCGUACGGCCUUGACGCCGUCCCACGCGUCGGCCCGAUCCAGUCCUGGCCGGCAACAUCGCAGUUGAACCCGUUUGAGAUCCCACUCGACGUUGUGGCCCAGGACGCCAUCACCAGUACCAGCUCUACCACGUCGCUCGUCGUCCUGCUCUCGCUCGACUGCAUCGGCUGCAAGCCACAGCGCAAGUACUCGGCCAACGCCACGCCGAGCUCGCUCAACCUCACCUACUACCACGUAUGUCAUCCUUAUCCUCCAGUCACGGACGCCUCGGUCUCGGUCUCGCCCAUCACCUCGACCACUGCCGUGCCAUUUGGCGACGCCGUCACCAUCACCUGCUCCGGCGGCCUCACCCUCGUCGGCGCCGGACCGGGAAACUCGGUCACAUGCGUGGAUGGCAUCUGGUCAGCUCUCCCUCCGGCGGUUCAAUGUAUCCCAUCGCCGCCGCCGCCGCCCUCGCCACCGGCACCGCCCUCGCCACCGCCGCCCUAUGCAUGCCCGCUCUUUGCGCCGCCGUCCAACGGCUCGCUCUCGUUCUCCAACUACGGCUACACCGGCUCGACCGCCACAGUCAUCUGCGAUCCCGGAAUCGACCUCAUUUCAGGCUCGGCUCUGCGCGUCUGCUCUGAUGGGACUUGGUCUGGAAGUGAGGCCGUCUGCGCCUAUGUCUCUUGCCCGCCGCUGGUCCCGCCGCCGGACAUUGUCAUCACCUGCUCAAAUGGCACGGGCCGUGGCAUCUUUGGCGAGUCAUGCUCCUUUGUCUGCACCGGGGGCCUUUCGCUUGUCGGUCCCUCGACCUCGAUUUGCGGCGGGGACUCGGAGUGGAGUGUCUCGGCCUCGACCCCGUUCUGCUCCUCGUUCAACAUCAGCAACUCGUUCGCCACGCCCCCCGCGGCCCCGAUCGUCCUCGUCGCGGGAUCGUCUUUUGUGGUGGCCUUUCACGUCCGCGACUCUUUCCAUCUCCCGACAGGCAGCGGACUCGACCUGCCCACAGCACGCCUGCCCGAUGGCACAGAUCGUGUCGCCUCCCACAGCUUUCUGGCCAGCGGAGAGUACGAGGCCACAGUCACGGUGCCGACGGUUGCUGACGUGUACACAUACACGCUCGGCAUCAACGGUCGCACACUUGAAGCUGCACCGCUCACAGUCCAGGUUGUCCCCGGACCAGCCGCCGCGUCAGCUUCUGUGCUCGACAACGCCGUGCUCGGAUCAGUCCUCAGCGUCGAGACCGGCGUGGCGAGUCGGUACGAAGUUGUUGUUGCCGAUGUCUACGGCAAUGCGGUCUCAAGCCUCCCAUCAGACGCGGACGUCUCGAUCCGGAUCAAGGGCAGCGCCGGUGAGAGAUCUGUCCAAAUCUUGUACCGCGAGAGUCCGCGCCUCGGCUUUGACCUCGUCGCCGAGCGCGGUGGGACAUACACCCUAUCGGUCGAAAUCUCGAGCGAGGAUAUUGUCGGCUCACCAUUUGUUGUCUUUGCCGCCACCACCUGUGUGCCCGGCGAGCACUCGGUCGACGGCGGAGGUUGCAGCGCGUGCGCGCCCGGCACCUUUUCGGACGCCAUCGACGCUCCCGAGUGUAGUGUCUGUCCACCGUUCUCAACCUCGCCCGAAGCAUCCCAAAGCUACACCAACUGCACGUGCCGUCCGGGUUUCUGGUUCGGAGCGCGCGGCCAGCGGCGUGGCGCAGCAUGCGUCGCUUGCCCGUUCGGCGCGGUCUGUCUCGGCGGCCGCGCAGAUCCGGUCGCCGCCGCCGGUUUUGGCCAAGGCGACGACGGCCCGGGCCUCUUUGUGGCAUGUCCGCUGCCUGAGGCUUGCGUCGGUGGCACAGCUUGCCGGGUCGGCUACACCGGCCGGCUGUGCGCCGAGUGCGAUCGCGGCUGGUUCCGGCUUGGAGAGCGGUGCCGACGCUGCCGUGGCUCCAACGCUGCUCUGGCCGCUCUCCUCAUCCUUGGCUUCUUUGUCUACGCCACUGUUGUCCUCUGGCUCAACACACGCGAGACAAACAUGUACGGAUACGCCGCGUUUGUCAUUGCGCUCAACUCGCUACAAGCCGUGGCCCUUUACGGCACCAUCCGACUGCGUUGGCAUCCUGUUGCCGCCGCCAUCUUUGACGCCGUCUCACUUGUCAACCUCAACUUUGACCUCGCUUCGCCAGAGUGCGGGCUCGACGUCGGCGAUGUUUGGAUGUUCAAGUGGGGCGUGACCAUGGCGCUGCCGAUGCUCUUCCUUCUUCCCUUUGGCCUUGUCACGUGCUGUGCCUCGGUCGGGAGCGCGCUGCGCCAUAAUCGCCGCGUCGCACAAGGACGCGCAGGCGUCGGCGCGCACGCUAGGGCGCUCUUUGCCCCCAACAGGCAGCUAGUCGACGCCGCCGGGCGCGGCUAUCUACAGACGCUCCUCUUGCUCUACAUGCCGCUGAUGUACUCUGCGCUGCGGUAUGUCGACUGCACAGACGUCGGCGGGGGAAUCGUGGUCAUGACAACCAAUCCACACCAGCGCUGUUACACUGUGGCGUGGUACGCCACCCUACCCCUCAUCAUCAUCGUCGCCCUCGCCUACGGGUUGAUUAUCCCAGUUGGCCUUGGAGUCUUCCUUCGCCGCAAGAAGCAGCAGCUGGACGAUCUCAGCUUUCUCACCAAGUAUGCAUUCCUCGUCGCCAAGUACCGGCCGGAUCUGUAUUGGUACGAGAAUGUGGUGCUCGGAAGGAAGCUUGCCAUGGUGGUCGCCGUGUGCGCGCUGCGGUCGCCGAGCGCCAAAGCCCACGUCAUCGGUCUCGGCAUCCUUGCCAGCAUCGUGCAUGCCCUCAUCCACAGACAUCGCCCUUACGCUGAAGAGCACCACAACAUAUUGGAUGGAGCCGUUAGCGCCGGAGCCGUAGUUCUCCUCUGGGGCGGCACCAUGCAGGGAUCAAGCCACCUCCGCGACGCCGUGGUCAUCACCGCGCUGCUUGCCACCCUCUUUAUUGUCGUUGUUGCCAUCGUCUACGAAGUUUGGUGGAUCCGCGACCGCGACACCGGCGAGGUCGACUUUGAGUUUGCUGCCCAUGGAAAGUCGUCCGACAUCGAGAUCUCGGUCAUUGACAUCGACUCGCUCACCGACGCGUCCUGUAUCGAAGACACGACAGGCGUUGCCUUUGUUCCGGGCCAGGCCUACGUGGCUGCCUCGGGCAUGGACACACUCGUCGGUCUGCCGUCAGCCUCGGCCGUUUUUCUCAACACCGAUGCCGUGGCGGGUCUCGCGUCGCAUGGCUCGGGCGUCUCCGCCACCGCAAUGUCAAUCAGCCCACGAUCAAGCUCGCCACACAGCUCGGUCUCGGUUUCGCCCACUACAAGCAUCUUUCCUAACCUCUCGCUCAGCAUUCCCACUGAUCCGCCCGGCGCCCGCCUUACCGUCUGCUCGCCGUGCUCUCCGCUCUCGCCCUUCUCUCCGAUCACGCCGACCUCCCCCACCACCUCGCGCCUGGCAUCCGACUCUAGCUCCUCCUCACAUGCUACGUCAUCGACGGCAACCUCGUCUUCAUCCGCGUCAUCGCCGACAUCAGCUUCAAUUCCUGCCCCACCCCCGCUUCCUUCACUACUCCUCCGCGACGUGUAAGCCGCGCGCACUUCAGCCUCCCCCCCCCC